CCCCCAUCAGGAUUUGUCCUUCCCAAAGCUUGGGCGGAUGGAGGAGGAGGCUGCGAGGAAGAGGAAGAUGCCUUGGGCCCCCCAGGCAGGUGAGGAGGAAGUCAGUGUCCCUUUGGGCGGGUGUUGUGCUGGCUCUGUCAGCCGAGCAUGGCCCCGGCUGCAGGACAACCCCGCUGGCGCCGCCGUCCUGCCGGGGCCGGAGUUGGGGGGAUGUCCUUGACCUUCCCUGUGGGCUGGAGGCAAAUCCCCUCCCUGUCCUUCUUGCUUCCUGCCCCAGGCCCCGAGCUGAGGACGGAGAGCCCGGAGGACAAAUCCCCCCGUGAGACCCUGGUGGGAGAGGCCGUUUUGAAGGGCUCCCCGGCGCAGGAAGGCAGCGGGGAGGAAAAGGGCCGGAGAUCCCCCCGCAGGAGGGGCUCCAAAGCCAUCCCAGGGUGCUCUGAGGAGGAAAGAGCCAGCCUGUGCCGGGAAGGCGGCCGGAGCUUGAGGGGGAGCUCUGACCUGGUGGUCCCUGAGCAGCCUCCCAGCAGGGAGAAGCCCUUCAGAUGCUUGGAAUGUGGGAAGAGCUUCAGGAAGAGCUCCCACCUGAUCCGGCACCAGCACAUUCACACCGGCGAAUGGCCCUACAGGUGUGGAGAAUGUGCGAAGAACUUCAGGGACAGCUCCAGCCUCCUCAGCCACCAGCGCAUCCACACUGGGGAACAGCCCUACAAGUGUGGGGAAUGUGGGAAGAGCUUCAGGCAGAGCUUCCACCUGAUUAGGCACAAGCACAUCCACACCGGGGAACGGCCCUACACGUGUGGGGAAUGUGGGAAGAGCUUUAGUGACAGGUCCAACCUCCUCACCCACCAGCGCAUUCACACUGGGGAGCAGCCUUACAAGUGUUCAGAAUGUGGGAAGAGGUUCAGUGACAACUCCAGCCUCCGCAAACACCAGCACAUCCACACUGGGGAACGGCCCUACACGUGUGGGGAAUGUGGGAAGAGCUUCAGCCAGAGCUCCCACCUCCACACCCACCAGCGCAUCCACACUGGGGAACGGUCCUACAAGUGCUUGGAAUGUGGGAAGAGGUUUCAGACCAGCUCACAUCUCCUCCAGCACCAGCGGACGCACACAGAUGAGAGGCCCUUCCGCUGCAGCGACUGCGGGAAGGGCUUCAACCGGAACUCCACCCUUGUCACCCACCGGCGCAUCCACACCGGAGAGAGGCCCUACAAGUGUGGGGAGUGUGGGAAGAGCUUCGCCCACAGCUCUGCCCUAAUCAGUCACCAGCGCCUCCACACUGGGGAACGGCCUUACAAAUGCUUGGAAUGUGGGAAGAGCUUCACUCAGAGCUCUAAGUUGACCAAACACCAACGGACCCACCAGUAAGGGAAGCCCUGUGAGUGCCCCGACUGCGGGAAGAGCUUCGGCCGUAGAACUGACACACAAAAAAGGUUUCAAAAGGUCUUCACGAUUUUGAGUAUCUGCACUCCAACAUCAAUUUAUUUUUUUGAAUACGUGUAAGUUUAACCUCAGUUUAGUCUGAAAGCCAAAUUCACCACUACCCCAUUCCCUGAUAACCAUGGGCUGAUUCUGACAAGUGAGGCAGAAAUUACCCACUGCCCAGCAAAAACCAGUGGGGCCAGCCAGUGGUCUCUGCCCUGGCAGCCCAGUUUCCCCAGUCUCAUCUCAAAAUGACCAGUUACACUGAAGCAAAGAGCACUGGAACCAGUGCAACAAGCCCCAGUCUGACUUUCACACCUGCCCACGUGUCCUGUUUUCUGCUGCUCUACAGACUUCCUUCUUUAAAAUACAAUGGAAA